UGUUUCUCUUGCAUUCUUUCCCUCUCCGUGUGGCCUGUACAUGCAGGCCAGGGUGCACUAGGCUGUGCAACGGCAACCAGGAAGCGAGCGUGUCAGGCAGGACCUGCCCCUCUCUUGAAAGGUGUGGCCUAUGAACUGCACACACAAACACACACCCACACACACACACAUGCAUGCAGGUAGACCAUAAAUGCCUGGGACUAUCUCUCCAGUUUCAGUAGCUUGACUGCCGGCUGACAAUGACAAGAAAACCUCUCCUGUUUUGGAUCUUUGCACUGGCUGCUUCACUUGAUCCCUCAGUUUGCCACGGUCCUGAGCUUGAUGGCGUGGAGGUGUAUGACGUAGUCCGGCCAAUCAGACUUCACAGCCUGAACAAGAGAGACGUGGAAUCCUCUAGGCCUGAGGUCCUGAAGUAUGGGAUGACGAUACGAGGAAGAGACAUCGAGCUGAACCUGGAGCGGAAUCAAGAUAUUCUGACAAAGGAAUACAGUGAGACUUACUACACUGAAGAUGGUACACCAGUCACCUACUCUCCUGAGGACCUGGACCACUGCUACUAUCGAGGAAGUGUUGUCAAUGACAGUGAAUCCAUGAUUAGCGUUAGCACCUGUGAUGGGCUCAGGGGAUAUGUCAGGACAGCAGAGCAGAGGUUCUUGAUUGAGCCCAUGUCGGAGGACAAAGAUGGAGACCAUGCAGUUCUGAAGUUUGAGGAUGUUCCUGACAAACCAAUGACGUGUGGAGUCACCAAUACCAGCUGGGACCCUGAAUAUCCCUUGAGAACCAGUAGAUCCCGAUCACGAGCAGCUGGGCCAUCAUUACUCCAGCAGCAAAAAUACAUUGAACUCUAUCUUGUAGCAGACAACAGAGAGUAUAUUCGCAUGAAUAAAGACCCUGCAGCGGUGAGGAAGAGGAUAUUUGAGAUCAUCAAUUUUGUUAAUGCGGUGUACAAACCUCUUAACACCUUCAUUGCCCUGACUGGCUUGGAGAUCUGGACAGACAGUGACAAGAUAUCAGUGACCUCGCCGGCAGGGGCCACCUUGGACAGUUUCACUAAGUGGAGGAACUCUGAUCUGAGGAAGAGAAAGCGCCAUGAUAAUGCCCACUUGAUUACAGCUAUUGACUUUGAUGGAUCGACAGUGGGACUGGCAUUCAUUGGAACGUUGUGCUCUGAACACUCUACUGGGGUUGUCCAGGAUCAUAACCACAGGGCUAUUGCAGUAGCAGCUACAUUAUCACACGAAAUGGGCCACAACUUGGGUAUGAGCCAUGACACAAGUUCCUGUGCCUGUCCAGACGGCAGCUGCAUAAUGGCAGCAGCCCUAAGCUACAAUAUCCCGAGGAAAUUCAGCAGCUGCAGCAGCAAUGGCUAUGGGGAUUUUCUGAACAACCGCAACCCAGAGUGUGUGCUGAACAAGCCAGACUACAUGGAGCUGGUGGCUGAACCGGUGUGCCAGAAUGGUUUUCUGGAGCGAGGAGAGCAGUGUGACUGUGGCACAACAGAGGAAUGCAACAACCCAUGUUGCAACGCCACCACGUGUAGACUAGUCGAUGGGGCUCAGUGUGCUGCAGGGGAGUGCUGUGAGAACUGCAAGAUCAUGUCCCCCGCCAGAGAGUGCAGAACCAAGCGCGAUGACUGUGAUCUGGCAGAGUACUGCACCGGGAAAUCUCCCGAGUGUCCAGAGGAUGUCUUCGCAGUUAACAGCCUCCCAUGUGAAAAUGGGAAAAGCUACUGCUACAACGGCCGGUGUCCACAGAAGGAGGAACAGUGUGUCCGAAUGUGGGGAGCAACUGCAAGAGUGGCUCGCCAAUACUGCUAUGACCAGAACACCCGGGGAAUAUACUAUGGUUUCUGCAAGAGGCCGAGCUCAGAUCAGUAUCUGCCAUGCCAGAGAGCGGAUGUGAUGUGCGGGAAGCUUUACUGUCACGACGGUAAUGCAAGUCCCAAUUACGGUCGCCUGGUGGAGUUCUCUGACUGUAAAGCCACAUUCUACGGGGACUAUGAAAAUGACCAUGGACAGGUGGAUACAGGCACUAAGUGUGGAGAGGGAAAGGUGUGUAGUCAGAAUGAGUGUGUGGACCUUGAAACAGCCUACAGAGCAACCAACUGCUCAGCCAAGUGCCAAGGGCGUGGGGUGUGUAAUCACAGAUCUGAGUGUCAGUGUGAGCCUGGAUGGCUUCAACCACACUGCGACACACAGGAUCCAAGCAUGCAGCUCCCCAGAGGGAGUGUGAUAGCCAUCGCAGUAACUCUCUCCCUUUUGGGUCUGAUCGUUGUGAUUGGUGCCAGCGUUUUUCUGCUGAAGCGUCGACAGAGCACUUCACGCAUGGCUGGGCUCCCAACCCAGAAAAGUCAGCCUGUGAGUAAUCCUGUCUUUGGCCGUCAGCAACUGAAGACACCCAGGCAAAACCCAGAAACAACACAACGGCCUAGAGCUCCACCACCACCACCUCCCUCUGCCAGUGGGCGAAGCAGACCUCUGCAGACCAGCUUCAUGGCUGCACGUCAGGCUCUGCGGCCCCCGCCUCCUCGAGUAUGAGUUCGAUCUACGGUGCAAAUAGAUAAAUGCAGGUGAAGAGGAGUUAAUUGACACCUACAAAAAACUGAAUUUACAACUUGUGUCUAAACUGAUAGGUUUGGUGAAUGCCAAUCUGUGCACUAUACACAAGUAGGGGUGGCUUGUGAAGAGCCAGCAAGUGCAAUGUUCAAUGUCCACUCGAUAAUAGUGAGGCAUAGUUUUUCUACAGCCAUAUGUAUAUAAACUGUUUUCAUUGUCAUGUUUGAGUGUGCAUGUCUGUAUGUGUGUGUGAAUGGGUUGAAAUGCCAAAUUGAGCCUCAGUAUAGCAAUUAUUUUCCUUUCAAUGGUUACUUGAAUUUGCAGCCUGAUAAGAUUUUAAAGGAAUAUUUCAUACACUUUUUAAUUGUACAGAGAUAAACUGAGAUUUCACAUUUCCUCAGUAAAGUUAUCUAUAAAUGUCAUUUUUAAAUACUACACUUUCAAAACAUACUGUAGACUUACCAGCUGUUACCAUUUCAUUGCUAUGUAAUGUUGUAUAUACAUGAAUUGUAAAAUAUAAAAAAUAUUAAUAAAACACAUUCAAAUA